GAAAGCUGCUAGCAGAGCUAGCUUGUUGCUGCUCUGGUGUGUGAGGAGAAUAUUUGAGGCUCUGCAGUAAAAAUGUCUUCACUUCAGUCUCUGGGAGAGUUGAUCCGCUAAAGCGACUAACUGCUGCUGCUGCAGAAAUCUUCUCACCAGGCUGUGGAAACUUUCUUCUCCUCCUCAACAACUUGGUGGAGUUCUCUCCAGAACCAGAGAAGAUAUUCUGCGGUCUUCGUGACAAUCGGAGCUCCAGAAUCAGGUUGUGGCUGUUAGCUAAACACGGCUAAAGAAAACCUGCUACCACUUCAGGAUCAUCCAUCAGCUGGGACUGAUUGAUCGUGUGUUCUUCACCACCUGGACCUGGACAGCAUGGACACAGAUUUUCAACAGGUGAUUCUGGUUAAAUAAGAAGCUUCAGAAGAACAGAGUGCUCGUGUCAACCACCAGCACCUAGAUUUUCUCCACAAAAGGGAGGAACAGGAGAAACUCUGGCCGAGUUUGGAGGGUGUUGGGUAAUUUUAUCAAUCCAGGAUUACCUUAGGGAAGUUCAAAGCACAGGGGCUUAUAGUAAUCAGUUUGUCAAAACCAAUACCAAUAAUCAAACAAUCAAUCAGUUUAGACUUUGCAAAGUGGAGAGGAAAAGUACACACCAGUCGGUUGUCAGGUUCGCUCUCAUCGGGCAGAUGCCUUCCGAAAGGCUUUAUUAAGCAUACACAAAAAAAGAUAACCACACACACAUUCGACAUUCUUCACAGACUCUUAGGCAGGAAGACACACCAGGUGCAAUUCUAAAUCAACAAACCACAAAGCAGUUGCAGUCUGGACUUUCUCAAGGGAGUUCUACUGAUAAGGGGACCAGUACCAGUCCUGGUACUUAGGGCAAGGUCAAUCCUCCCUGUAGGAACUACAAAAGCCUGUCUGUUACCAGAGUAAAAUAAAUGGAUGAAACUUCGUUUAAAAACACCAGAUGUUAAACAGAAGCCUUUCGCCUGUGAGCUCUGUGGACAAAGAUUUAGCCAAAAGACAACUUUAAACAAACACAUGGAAGUCCACACAGGACAGAAGCCUUUUGCCUGUGAGCACUGUGUAAAAAGAUUUAGCCAAAAGACAACUUUAAACAAACACAUGGAAGUCCACACAGGACAGAAGCCUUUCGCCUGUGAGCUCUGUGGACAAAGAUUUAGCCAAAAGGCACAUUUAAACAGUCACAUGAGAGUCCACACAGGACAGAAGCCUUUCGUCUGUGAGCUCUGUGGACAAAGAUUUAGCCAUCAGAAAACUUUAAACAGUCACAUGAGAGUCCACACAGGACAGAAGCCCUUUCCUUGUGAGCUAUGUGGACAAAGAUUUAGCCAAAAGACAACUUUAAGCAGCCACAUGAGAGUGCACACAGGAGAGAAACCUUUUGCCUGUGAGCUCUGUGGACAAAGAUUUAGCCAAAAGUCAAAUUUAAACAAACACAUGAGUGUCCACACAGGACAGAAGCCUUUCACCUGUGAGCUCUGUGUAAAAAGAUUUAGCCAAAAGACAAAUUUAAACAAACACAUGAAAGUCCACACAGGACAGAAGCCUUUCACCUGUGAGCUCUGUGGACAAAGAUUUAGCCAAAAGGCACAUUUAAACCGUCACAUGAGAGUCCACACAGGACAGAAGCCUUUCGCCUGUGAGUUCUGUGUAAAAAGAUUUAGCCAAAAGACAAAUUUAAACAGUCACAUGAAAGUCCACACAGGACAGAAGCCUUUCGCCUGUGAGUUCUGUGUAAAAAGAUUUAGCCAAAAGACAAAUUUAAACAGUCACAUGGAAGUCCACACAGGACAGAAGCCUUUCGCCUGUGAGCUCUGUGGACAAAGAUUUAGCAAAAAGACACAUUUAAACAGUCACAUGAAAGUCCACACAGGACAGAAGCCUUUCGCCUGUGAGCUCUGUGUAAAAAGAUUUAGCCAAAAGGCACAUUUAAACAAACACAUGAAAGUCCACACAGGACAGAAGCCUUUCACCUGUGAGCUCUGUGGACAAAGAUUUAGCCAAAAGGCACAUUUAAACCGUCACAUGAGAGUCCACACAGGACAGAAGCCUUUCGCCUGUGAGUUCUGUGUAAAAAGAUUUAGCCAAAAGACAAAUUUAAACAGUCACAUGAAAGUCCACACAGGACAGAAGCCUUUCGCCUGUGAGUUCUGUGUAAAAAGAUUUAGCCAAAAGACAAAUUUAAACAGUCACAUGGAAGUCCACACAGGACAGAAGCCUUUCGCCUGUGAGCUCUGUGGACAAAGAUUUAGCAAAAAGACAAAUUUAAACAGUCACAUGAAAGUCAAUCAAUCAAUCAAUCAAAGCUUUAUUUAUAUAGCGCCUUCCGCAACCCUGUCAGGAAGCCCAAAGCGCUGAACAUGGUACAGUUGUAAGUAAUUAUAUUGAAUAAAUCAACAGCGAGCAGUACUAAGUAAUUAGAGGACUGUAAAAGAAAGAACUUCCAAUAAUUUUACUUAAUAUGCUUUUAUGUUUGUGUACUAUGUUCUGUGUCAAUAUUCUUUGAUUUUAUUUUACACAACAUGAUGUGACAUUUUAACUAUUUCAUUUCACUUGUGAUUGUUUUAACUAUGUGAAGCACAUUGGGCUACCGUUGUGUAUGAAAUGGGCUAUGUAAUAAACUUGACUUGAGAGAGAGUUCACAAUCGUUUUUUUUUUACGAAAUGAGACACUCAGCUGAAACUGGGGGAAAUAUAUGAUGAAUCUAAAUCACAGGAGAUGCAUGUGUGCGCGUGUGUUUGCACUGAAUGUGUUCGUGUACAUGGUUCACUCAUGCGACCAUCAAGAACAAAGUAGAAAUUCACUGAAAAAAAGUGAACUAACUACAUAUUCAUUUGGUACAAGUGUGAACCUAGAGCCCCACGACUGUUAUUAUUUUAGGUACGGAGAAUGAUCACGCUAGAUCAAACAAUGGGCUGACACAAUGUCUUCCUCCAAACGUGAGUUUAUUUACACACAAUGCAUAAAACAAGUUCUUCUAUAUAAAAAAGGAACAAGACAGUUCCAUCACUGCGGAUUUUACCUUCAUCACCCUCUCCCUCACUCCCCACUCAUGAGGUCUUCACAUCACACACCUCCACCACAAACCUACACAUUCAUGAAGCAGAUGUAAAGAAGCAGUUCAGGUCUCUUAACACAUGAAAAACCCCGGGCCCUGAUGCCGUGGCUCCUGCCACUCUAAAGCACUGAGCUGAAGAGCUGGCCCCAGUGUUUACGAGCAUCUUCAACUCCUCACUGGAGGCAUCUCAUGUGCCUGCCUGCUUCAAGAUGUCCACCAUAGUCCCUGUCCCCAAGAAACCAAGAAUCACUGGACUAAAUGACUACAGACCUGUGGCUCUGACAUAUGUGGUCAUGAAGUCAUUUGAGCAGCUAGUUCUCCCCCACC